AUGCCAGCAACAUUCUUGGAUGAUCCAUUCACAGUCUUUGGCGAGGGCCCCGGGGCGAGAAGCUCGCACGCCAUCACAGUCGUGGGGCAGAAGGCCUACUCGUUCGGCGGCGAGUUUGUGCCACGUGUCCCUGUCAACAACCAUCUCCACGUGUUUGAUCUUGUUGACUGGACAUGGUCGGUGGCCAACGCGCAAGGCCAAAUUCCGCCGCCACGUGUCGGCGUCUCUAUGUCCUCCAUUGGCGAGACCAUUUAUGUCUUCGGAGGAAGAGACGAGGCCCACAAGGAGCUGAACGAGUUCUACUCGUUCGACACUCAUACCAACACGUGGGCCAUGCUUCCCUCCGGCCCGGCCCACCGGAGCUACCACGAGUUUGAUAAGGAAUGGGUCGAGUUUUCACUGUCGGGGAAGAGUGUCAAGCCGAGGGGCGGGCCUGGGCUAGCGUCUGUGCUCGGGAAAAUAUGGGUCUUGUACGGUUUUGCAGGGAUGGAAGUUGACGACUUGCAUUAUUUCGACCUGAAAGAAGGAAAAUGGGUUCAAGUGGAGACGGAUGGAGAAAAUCCGCGCCCGAGAAGUGUGUUCUCGACUCUUGGGAUCGGGAAAUAUAUAUUUGUGUAUGGUGGGGAGAUUGAUCCAAGCGAUUUGGGCCAUAUGGUGGCAGGGAAAUUUGCGGGGGAUGUUUACGCGCUCGACACAGAGACGCUGGUGUGGAAAAAAUGGGACGAUGGGCUGGGCUGUGAGGACCACCCAGGCCCGAGGGGAUGGUGUGCGUUUAGCAGCGGGCAACUUCACGGGCAAGAAGGACUGUUGGUGUAUGGUGGGAAUUCGCCUAGUAAUGAUCGACUCAACGACAUUUUCUUCUUCACCCCUUUCGAGUGA